AUAUUCACAACCAAGUUACCAUUGUUAUUGUCUUGGUGUUAGCAUGGAAUAUAUUAAGUUUUUUUUAUUUAUUAUUAAAAUAAUAUCUCACAUAUGCUAUCUAUUAGGCACAAGAUAAUCCUUAUCUCUCUUCUCCACCUUCACCCAGCUCCUUCAACUUGGGUAGCCAUAGAUUAAGUAUUAAGAAUAUUGGAUGCAUAGUACUAUAUGAUUCUCUUGUUGUGACUGGCUGAGUGGUUUCUGUUUGACAAUAUGGUGAAGAAUGGUGGUUGUGCAUUUGACUUCGAGACCCUAAAAUCUCAUUUACUUGCUACUACAGGAAGGACUCUUUUCUUCUCUUCUCUGGUACUAGUGCUAGUAUCUAGUUACAACAGCCAUCCCUUCCUCUGUCUCACAAUAAUUUAAGUAAAAGUUUUCUUUUUCAAACUCUCUCUCUCUAAUAUAUAGAUUUCCAUCUUCUGUACUUUAAAUUCUGUCUCAAAAGGUUCACUUCUCCUUUUUGGCUCAUACAAUACAAGGUCACUCACAGCUACUAAAAGAUAUAAAUAUUUUUGGGGCAAUGAAUAGUUUUGUUUUAUUUUUGAGUAAUUUUUUUUUUGGGGGGGGGGGUUGAUGUGCUAUUGCCAUGGUUUUGGGGUAGAGUCUAGAUAAGUUCCAGGCAAGGUGUUUGAUUCAUUGUUGAAAAGAGAUGAGGGGUGCUGCUCUUGUAGCCAUUGCUGCUACAAUUGGUAACUUUUUGCAGGGAUGGGAUAAUGCUACCAUUGCUGGAGCAAUUGUGUACAUUAAGAAUGACCUCGAUCUAGGAACUAGCGUUGAAGGUCUAGUGGUGGCUAUGUCACUGAUAGGAGCAACAGCUAUUACAACAUGCUCAGGAGCUAUAUCAGAUUGGCUUGGUCGGCGUCCAAUGCUGAUAAUGUCUUCAAUGCUUUAUUUUGUCAGUGGUUUGGUAAUGUUGUGGUCACCUAAUGUCUAUAUUUUGUGCCUAGCCAGGCUAUUAGAUGGAUUUGGAAUUGGUUUAGCCGUGACUCUUGUCCCAGUCUAUAUAUCUGAGACUGCCCCAUCUGAGAUAAGGGGAUUGUUAAAUACGUUACCACAAUUCACUGGUUCCGGGGGAAUGUUUCUAUCUUAUUGUAUGGUUUUUGGGAUGUCAUUGAUGGACUCACCAAGUUGGAGGUUGAUGCUUGGGGUUCUAUCCAUCCCGUCUCUCCUCUAUUUUGCCUUUACGGUUUUUUAUUUGCCCGAAUCUCCUCGGUGGCUUGUGAGUAAAGGAAGAAUGCUUGAAGCUAAACAGGUUCUUCAGAGAUUACGUGGCAGGGAAGAUGUUUCAGGAGAGAUGGCUUUGCUGGUUGAGGGCCUUGGCAUUGGAGGUGAAACCUCUAUAGAAGAGUACAUAAUAGGUCCAGCUGAUGAACUUGAUGAAAGUCAGGAACCCGGUGCUGAUAAAGACAAAAUCAGACUAUAUGGACCGGAAGAGGGCCUGUCUUGGGUUGCCAAGCCUGUCGCUGGACAAAGCAUUCUUAGUAUUGCCUCUCGCCCCGGAAGCAUGGUGAACCAAAGUAUACCCCUUAUGGACCCUCUUGUGACAUUAUUUGGUAGUGUUCAUGAAAAGCUUCCCGAGACAGGGAGCACGCGUAGUAUGCUUUUUCCGAAUUUUGGAAGCAUGUUUAGUACAGCAGAGCCUCAUGCUAGAAAUGAACAAUGGGAUGAGGAGAGCCUGCAGAGAGAAGGUGAGGACUAUGCAUCAGAUGCUGCAGGAGGAGACUCGGAUGACAAUUUGCAUAGCCCAUUAAUCUCACGUCAAACAACAAGCUUGGAAAAGGACAUGGUUCCCCCAGCUUCCCAUAUCAGUUCUCUAAGCAUGAGACGCCAUAGCACUCUUGUGCAAGAUGGUACAGAAUCAGUUGGUGGUACAGGGAUUGGAGGUGGUUGGCAGUUGGCAUGGAAAUGGUCUGAGCGAGAAGGUGAGGAUGGAAAGAAGGAAGGAGGGUUUAAAAGGAUUUAUUUGCAUGAGGAGGGAAUCCCGGGAUCUCGACGUGGCUCUCUUGUAUCACUUCCAGGUAAUGAUAUGCCUGCAGAAGGUGAGUUUAUCCAGGCAGCUGCACUAGUGAGCCAACCUGCUCUUUAUUCCAAGGAGCUUAUGGAUCAGCAUCCUGUUGGACCAGCAAUGGUUCAUCCAGCUGAAACUGUCUCAGAAGGACCAGUUUGGACUGCUCUCCUUGACCCGGGAGUCAAACGUGCUUUAUUAGUUGGGAUUGGGAUUCAGAUUCUUCAGCAGUUUUCCGGCAUUAAUGGAGUUCUCUACUACACUCCUCAAAUUCUUGAAGAGGCAGGUGUUGAAGUGCUUCUUUCAAACUUGGGCCUUGGUUCAGAUUCUGCAUCAUUUCUUAUUAGUGCAUUUACAACCUUGCUGAUGCUGCCCUGUAUAGGUGUAGCCAUGAAACUCAUGGAUAUAUCAGGCAGAAGGCGGCUGCUACUCACCACGAUCCCGGUGCUUAUAGUGUCACUGAUCAUUCUAGUUUUUAGUGAACUUGUGGAUUUGGGCACAGUUGUGAAUGCUGCCAUCUCAACUGCAUGUGUUAUUGUUUACUUCUGCUGCUUUGUGAUGGGCUAUGGACCAAUACCAAAUAUCCUCUGCUCUGAGAUCUUUCCAACAAGGGUCCGGGGGCUUUGUAUUGCAAUCUGUGCUUUGGUUUAUUGGAUCGGAGACAUCAUUGUUACUUACACACUGCCAGUGAUGCUGAGUUCUAUAGGCCUAGCGGGCAUCUUCGGGAUAUAUGCUGUUGUAUGUCUGAUAUCGUGGGUGUUUGUGUUCUUGAAAGUACCAGAGACCAAAGGAAUGCCACUUGAAGUCAUUACCGAGUUCUUUGCUGUUGGUGCAAGACAAGCUGGUGCUACAAAGAAUGAGUAAAGUCACACUGCUUUCAAUGGUGUCAAAUUCUUUUUUCAAUUUCAGCUGUUAAGCUUUCAACAUUUUUGUUCCUUCUUGUUGCUUUGAAAAUGAGGGAUCCUCUUAUUCAAACAUUAAAAUUAUAAAAUUUUCCCACUAGAAAUUGAGUUUACGUGUAUUUUCAUGGUGAA